CGCAGACCAUUCCCUAACUAGCUGUCAAAUCAAGCGAAUCUACAUUAAUAGUCCAUUCGUGUAUUGCGCUCAGCGUAACUAAACAACAUUAAAAAUCUAAUAAGCACACAAUGAGUGAACAAAAGAAAAGAAAGAAAAAAAUCCAAAGAGGAAAUAGCUAAGGAAUUCGACUUGCCUGAAAGGAAAAGCAAGAUUGCCACUAUUUACAAACAAGAUGGACAAGCUUACUGCUUGUGUAGAUCUUCCGAUUCUUCGCGAUUCAUGAUUUGUUGCGAUGCAUGCGAAGAAUGGUACCAUGGAGAUUGUAUUAAUGUGUCAGAAAAGGAAGCCAAGCAUAUCAAACAUUACUACUGUCAGCGAUGCAAAGAAGAAGACCCUUCGUUACAGACCGUUUUCCGCUUGGUCCCAGCGCCUGGUCCAAUCCCGCUUCCGGAGGAAAAAAAACCUAAAAAGAAAAAGAAGGAAACUCCCAUUGGUGGUUCAUCUGAGAAACGUUGCGGUAGCUGCGACGGUUGCCUUGCCGAAAAUUGUGGUAACUGUGAAGGUUGUUUGGGUCUCACUAAGAACGGCCGAAAGCAGCGUUGCGAUAUGCGUUUUUGCAGCAACUCAAGUACCCGGAAGAAGGACCGAGCAGCUAUAAAAGCGGGAGGAAGAAACAAAAAGCGAAAACGGUCCGUUACUCCAGAGGUUUAUUGUAACCCUGCAUUGGAAGGCGAACGACAAUGCUACGGUCCCGGGUGUAUUAUGACCGCCCGACCUCAAUCAAAGUACUGUUCGGAUGAAUGUGGCAUGAAGUUAGCAACGAGCCGAAUCUAUCAGGUUUUACCUCAACGUAUUCAAGAGUGGUCUCUUAGCCCAGCUGUUGGCGAAGAACAAAAUAAGAAGGCACUUGAAUCAAUUCGCAUGAAGCAAGCGAUAGUUAGAGCUACUCUAGCAGAGCUGGAUAAACGACAUGCUGAGUUGGACCUGCUGGUUGAACGUGCAAAGAGGUGCACGUUGGAUCCAAAUGCAUUGGAAAAUGCUGAUUUGGAGGAUGAAAUGUCAAUGUACUGCAUAACGUGUGGUCAUGAGAUUCAUUCCAAAACUGCAAUUCGGCAUAUGGAAAAAUGUUUCAACAAAUACGAGAGUCAGGCAAGCUUUGGCAGCAUUUUCAAGACACGAAUUGACGGCAAUUCAAUGUUCUGUGAUUUCUACAAUCCGGCUAGCAAGACAUACUGCAAACGUUUACGAGUGUUAUGCCCAGAACACUGCAAGGACCCAAAAAUUAAUGAUACGGACGUCUGUGGUUGCCCUUUAGUACGCAAUGUAUUUGAAUUAACAGGAGAAUUUUGCCGAGCACCAAAGAAAUCUUGCUUCAAACAUUAUGUAUGGGAAAAAAUACGACGUGCAGAAAUUGAUCUUGAACGAGUACGACAGUGGUUAAAAAUGGACGAACUCGUCGAACAGGAACGUCUAAUUCGUCAGGCAAUGGCAUCACGAGCCGGAGUGCUGGGACUAAUGCUGCACUCAACGUACAAUCAUGAAAUCAUGGAAAAGUUAUGUGCUGGUAAAUUUUAGCUUUUAAAUACUAUAUUAGAAAAAGGUUAAGUUUAUUUUAUUAUAAUUUUUGUGAUGCGUGUGGUACUCAAUAAAACACGUGUGUUCAGUUAGGUUGAUCAA